CUUUCUGACAGAAGCAGCGUAAAGAUGUUCAAGUCGGUGAUUGUUUUUUGUCUCUUCAUCAUUUCAACAGUUGCAAUUCCAACCUCUUCAAAAUGUAUACAGUACACUGAUCGACUUUACGAUACACCACAACCAUCAAAUAAUGAUUAUAGUAAUCAAUUGGCACCGUAUUUAGUUAGUAUAAGAUUAAAUAAUGUCCACAUUUGCAGUGGUAUAAUAAUUACACCAGAGGACAUAUUAACAUCGACACAGUGCGUCUAUUAUUUUUCCGUUGUAGUUGGAUCAACUUAUCAAAUGCUUUCAGUUCACCUUGGAAGUUCAAAUCGUUAUAGAAAUGGCUCAAUACAUUACAUUUCAUCUAUUAAAGUGAAGGAAUCAUUUUCAGGCAAACGUGGUCAAAUACCAGUGUAUGAUACUGCAUUAAUUCGUCUUACAGAGCGUAUCAUUUUUGAUGAAACUUGUGAUCGAGCUUGUAUAGGUGAAAGAAACUCUGAAAAAUCAGCAAUUAUUAAUAAGCAGGCGGUUGUCGCCGAGUGGAUUGACAACAAAAUCGAAACAUUGAAUAAUUUACAGUUAACUAAUUGGACUAUUAUUUCGGAUAAAGAGUGUAAUAAUUAUUAUUCAUUUAUGGAUCAAGUGACUAAUGACGCAAAGUUUUGUGCAGUCAAUAUGGAUAGAGAUGGUGAUGUAAAUAUGUGUCCUGGUGAUUUAGGAAAUCCUUUGAUGGUGGAUGGUAAACUUGUUGGUUUUAAAAUGUGGCGAAUGGGUUGUAAUUUUCCCGAAGCACCGGCUAUUUUUCGAUUUAUUCAUUAUGACGAGUAUUAUGAUUGGAUAAAAGAUAACAUUCACGGGAGUUUAUGCUAGUUUAGCUAUAAUAACUAUUUACCCUGAUUAAACAAAACCAUUUACUCAAUGAUGAAUGGAUAUCUAUUUAACAUUAAAAUUAAAUUGUUUUGAAUCAUUUCUAAUCAUUUUGAAUUGUUUUUUUAAUUAAGUUAAAGAGUAUCAGUACAAAAUGAGUUUUUAUAAUCAAGACAGAAAUUUCAUUUAAUUAAUAUGAAAUAAUUAUUUCAUUAAAAAUUAUUAAUCCAAUUUAUCAUUUUUGAUCCAAACAUUACCAAUUUUCGAAAUUGAUUAAUGAUAUCGCCAAAAUAAUAAAAACGUUUUCAAUUUUGUCAAGAUCUGUAAGAGUUAUCGAGAUGACAUGUGAAUAUAUGUUUGCUUAAAAUUUUAAAAAAUUAAAUAUAUCGAUGAUGGAACUCAUUUAACAUAAAAUUUUCCAUUAAAUUACUCUUGACUUAAAAUAUCUAAGUCAUUUAUUUAAAAAAAAAAAUAAAUCACAUUCAUUAUAACAAAUAUUGUUAUAAUUUCAAUGAUUUUAUUUUUUGCUUUUAUCUAUACUCCGUAAAAAAAAAUAAUCAACUUGAAGUUCUGGGAGUCCCUGGAUCAUUAAUUAGUUAAUAAAAUUUUAAUUAAAAAUAUCUUUAACGUAUAUGACCUUGAUGAUUUUUUGUUCGUUCGAUUUAAAAAAUAUCAUUAAAAGAC